UCUAUAUCCGGGUGAAGUCAUGUUUACAGUCCGGAUGGUGGACGGCUAGAGCCGAGUGAGAAAGAUUCAUUUGCGUCGUUUAUGAAAGGAUUUUGAUGCGGGUUCUUUAGUGGGGAGGGCAAAUGGCAUCUCAGAUCCCCAUAACGGUCAGGGCCCAGCCUGCAGCGGCCAGCUCUGCCGCUCUCCGGGGAAAGAAACGCCCCGGUAGUCCGGCGGUCUCAGCCGCUCAGCAGGCCACCGGGAGCGGCAGCAAGAAGAAGAAAGCACCGCUGAUAGCGACACCGACAGCACAGACACAGAUAACAGCAGCAGAGACGGUGGCAGAGGUGAAGGCAGUGGGAUUAGUGGACAGCGGUCAAACUGCCACCACAGAGUCCACAGCAAAGCCUCCACCAUUCAAAGACCCCACAUUUAUGCAUUCUGGGAUUGGCGGAGCAGCAGCGGGCAAAAAGAACCGGACCUGGAAGAAUCUCAAACAGAUUCUAGCUUUGGAGCGGACUUUACCCUGGAAGCUCAGUGAUCCCAACUACUACAACAUUGAUGCCCCUCCCUCCUUGAAGCCAGCCAAGAAAUACUCGGACAUCUCUGGACUCCCAGCAAACUACACAGACCCUCAGACAAAGCUGCGCUUCACGUCCACUGAGGAGUUUUCCUACAUCCGCCUCCUCCCCACUGAUGUUGUUACAGGCUACCUGGCCCUUCGAAAGGCAACCUGCAUCGUACCCUGACAGUGUAGCGAGGCCUGAAACCUGAAACAGGUUCAGACCAGAACUGAACUGGUGUCGGAGCAGGAAGUUGUCGGGGAGGCCAGAAGAGUCUGAGAGCUCACAGAGGCAACCCAGGCCUGAACACCACUGAAAAGAUUGUGGCUCACAGGCUGACCACUGAAAAGCCUCUGCACUGCUGUUAUUGAGAAGACAGGAUCAUAAUUGUUACUGUGUGACAAAAUAAAUGGAACAAAUGUGACUUUUUCCCGUUUAGAAAAAACAAAAAAACUCACAGUGAUUGCUUUAUUGCUCUGUUGGUGAGGCGUGUUUACUGUCGGACAGUGUUGCCAAUAGCUGGAUCUUAUUGUGUCACUCUGCAAGUGAAUGUCCAGUCAACUGGACAAAACACGUUUUAUUUCUUGAAGGGAAGGAAAGUUAAUUCUUAGUUUUUGAGUUAAUUGAAAAGUCAGCAAUAGGCAGUUUUUUUGCUUUGUCAAAAUACAUUUCCCAGUGCCCUGAAUGAAGCUGGAUAAACCAUUGCAGUGGACAACUGGUUCUCAAGUACUGAAUAUAAGCAUUACUGGUGAGGGUGCUGUGUGCCCCCUUGUGGUAGAACAUCUGUUCCCAGUGGUGUAAACGUCUCUACACAAACUUUAAUACCUGUCAGUGGAAAUUCAAUCUGAUUGAUGUAGAGAAAAGCAAACAUGUUGCAAAGCUGUUGGAAGGAGUUUUCAAUGUCAGACUGACUGUCAGUUACUUUUCUAUAAGGUGCUUAAUAAAGCUAACUUGAAUUUUCA